AUGAAUAAUCAAAAAAUCGACUUUCAUAUAAGAAUGAGGGGAUUGCAAAUGGUUGAUCCUACUCCAGCAGUUAUUGAUAAAAAAGUAUUUCUACCUCUUCAUAAAAGCUAGCCUUAUUUGGAUAAGUUAUCUUAUAGAAAGAAAAAAGAGCUAUCGAAAGCUAUUUUAAAGCAAAAAGAAAGUUACUGGUCUACUGACAAUCACAUUUAAUAUAUCCCUUUUCAGAAUGACUACUUAGACAAGUAAAAUUCUAAUUCUAACAAAAUGGGAGGACAUAUCAAAAACAAAAGCUCUAUCGAAUUAGAAAAUUCCAGCUCCAUCGUAAGCCAUAGUAAGAUCCAGUCAGCUAAACUUGAUAAGAAAUCUAAUGAAUUUAAAACUUAAAAAAGUAAUAAGCGUAUUAUUAUUAAUUUAGAUGAUCGCUUUAAAAAUAAAGCAGAAUUACACAUGCUGUCUCAUCCUCAACUUUCAACCACAAAUACUUCCGAUUCUGCUAAAUUUGAAAACGCAAAACAGUCUCACACUGAAGAAAAGUAUGAGGAAAAUAACAAAUAACAAUAAGGUCUUUACAUAGAGAAUUUAGAUUAGCAACGCCUUAGCAUAGAUAAAGGCAAACACAGUCACCACACUAAAAAUAAAAGUUAAUCCAAUACCAUGUUGGAUAACAAAGUAAGAGCAAAUAGCAUUCACCAAAAUAAAUAGUAAGAAAAUAAUAAUUUUGAUAGUAAGCAUAGAGCUUUCAGCUAAGCGGGUGACCAAGAUGGCGAAUAUUUAAAUUAAAAUCAAUAGAAGGUGAUGUUCAUAAAUUCUUAAGACCAUCAAGGUUCCUUUUUCGGAAAUAAGCCUAAGUCAUCUAAAUCUUCUCGUAGAGAUAUUUUGGAAAUAAGCUCUAUGUAUUUAAAGAAUCCAAAAGACAUUCAAGAUAUAGCAGAUCGUAUUUAGAUGUUUGAUGAAAUUCGUAAGGGUAAUGCCAAGCGUGCUAAAACUAAAGAUCAGAUUCGUUAAGAGAACCUAAAAAAGGUCAUGACAUCUAAACCAAUAUACUAUGGGCGUGAUUACUACUUUUAAUAAAUUCAAAAUUCAAAGAAAAUUGAUAGAGAACUAACUGAAGAAGAUCCUAAUAAUUUUUAUACAGAUGACAAAAAUAAAAGUGGUAGAAAAAAUGACGCUUAGAUCUUUGAUAAGGCUGCAGCUAUGAAGAAACCUGUUAACAAAAAGAAGCUUAGAAAAUUCUAUAUCGCAGUAAGAAGAUAUAAAAUGGUUACGCUUUUCUGGAAAGCAAUAGACCAAGCUAUCAAAAAGAAACGUUAAAUUAAAAUAGAUACAUUUUCAGUUAAUCUGAAAGAUUCUAUUUAAGCUUGCAUGAAAGUAACAUUACAAUCAGCGCAGUAAUCUCUUUUAAAGCUUUUCAAAGAAAGCGAAAAUUUAGCAUAUUACUUAUAAGCACCAGGAAUGCAAUCAUAUAAUGAUAAAAAAGCUAAAAUUCGUCAACACUGUUUAAAUAUUAUGGAAGAUUUAGCCACAAAAUCAGUGAACAUCGAUAAAGAUUUAUAAUUUGUAAAAUUGAUAGCAAAAAACUCAAAUAACUACGAAUUUCCUCCAUAGAAUUUCUGGCCAAGAUUUAUAAUAAAUCGUGUAGAACUAACAAAAAUUGGCUCUCUUAAAAACCUGAAAGCUCACUAAAAAGAAAUGAUAACACUGUAAUUCUUUAUAAUUUAUGGUCUUUUUAAUCGUCUUGUACGUCCUUGGUCAACUUUAAAACUUGAAGAAUCAGAAGUUCUUGCAAAGAAUUCUCAGCUAGCUUUAAGUCUCAUCUUUUAUGUAAUGCAUGAUUAUUUGAAAGAGAAAAAUCCUGUUAUCUAGAAUGAAUCGCAAUAAAAAAAUGGCAAAUACUAUAUUUAGGAAAGAGAAUCUCCCCUAAAUGCCUAUCCUGAUCUUCUAUCUUAGGAGUCAGAAAUUAAUCUAAAUAAGAAGCCAGUAGACCAAGUAAAACUAAAAAUUAAAUUAGAAUAAUAAUCUAAGGACAACGAUAAUAUCAUUAUUGGUAUAUGUUCACGUAGAAAAGUUGUAGACUUAGUAGAAAAAGAUCAGGAAUUUAAGAAUUAAGUGAUACAAUCUUUACAAAAGAUAUCAGCUAGCAUAUAAGCAAAAGCAGAAGAAGUAUAUCCUGAAUUAAAAGAUAAACUAUUAGACUUAAUUUAGUGA